UCCAGAACUGGAACGCGUGUUCGUUGAUUCGUGUGUGGCGCGGUCAAGUUAUUCCACGCGGUUUGCGACGGCAUGUCUUGUGUGUUGUUUUGUACUCUGUUUAGCCGUACUGUUUUUAGCGUCAAUUUGUAGUGUACCAAUUUCCCGUUAGGUUUAAUAUAUUUGGGAGAAUAUUGAAAGUGGUGUGUUUGGAAAAAUGUAAUAUUGGAAACGGUGUGAUAUAAUAUUGAUUAUCCCAUAAAUGCGGUCUCCAGCGGGUCAAGCUUAUCACUGUACUCUGUUUAGCCGUACGGUUUUUAGCACAAACGAUUCCUUGAUCACUUUACAGUGAUAAUAAUAAUAAAUUAUUUUUGUUCAGACUUAUUCGUGAGUUAUUCUCUUCAAAAUUGAAACAUUAAAUUAGGUAAAAAAAUCAAUGACAUCUCGAUAGCAAUAUUUUAUGUUGAAACUGUGAAGGAAAAAUAAAAAUAGUGUUUGGAAAAAUAAAAACUGUGACACAUCAGUGGAAUUGUGAAGGGUAAAUCAAAUGAGAGUAUGGAAACUGCUGUGAAAAAGUGCCGAAUUUUCCUCUCAAAAUGACAUUGUCUCUUGUGCUUUAUUUACUGGACUUACUGCGAUAAUUGGAUUUGAUUAUAUUCUACUUGGACUAAACUAAGAAGGUGAAGCACCAUGACUAAUGUGCCACGUAUUCGUGUAGUGGUGCUUGGAUCGAGCAGAGUUGGAAAAUCAGCUGUGACUGUACGCUACCUCACCAAGCGAUACAUCGGCGAAUACAGUUCCACAACAGAUUUACUCUACCGACACAAUGUGUCAUUCGACAGUGUAAAUAUUGAAGUAGAAAUACUGGACACGUGUAAAUGUAAGAUAACCGGAUGCCUGUACGACCACCUGAGGUGGGGCGAAGCGUUUGUCGUGGUGUACAGCGUCUGCGACGAGGCGAGCUUUCGCGAGGCUCAACUCCUGCUCGAAACACUCGCCAAACUCAAGUUGCCGUCCUACUACACCACACUCCUACUCGGCAACAAACGAGAUCUCGAACAUUCCAAGAAAGUUUGCGUGGACGCAGGCCAAGAGUUGUCGCUCCGCUACGGUUGUCAGUUCUACGAGGUGUCGGCGGCCGAAAGCUACGCAGGCGUGUCGCUCGCGUUCCAGUCGCUGCUACGCGAGGCACGCAGCGUGCAGCUGUUGAGAGCGAUGCCCAUCCGACGCAAGCUGGGCGUCAACUCUGUCUCCAAAGUGCUCGGCACGAUUUUCGGACAGAACAAGAGCCGAGAUCGCGGCAAGAAACGGCCCUCGCUGUCUAUAUGA